UCUUUUUAUAUGAAGUAACCCACUGCACGGUUCAAGUCCAUAGCAUGCUUGGAUGUUGGUGCAGAAGCGAUUUGUUUUUCAAAUGUUUGCUAAAUCGUGGGCUGACCAUUAGUUUUUAAUGUGGAUGGACUUUUGCUGUUAGAGAUACUGAUGCUCUAAAAUCAAAACAAAAAAACUUAUUGUGCAGAAAACUUAAGUUUUCCAAACUGCGGUAAAUCUUGAAAGUGGUUAUCAUUCCAUGCCUAAUUUAGAUUCAUGUAGUGCAUUAAAAGUGUUUCCCUUGCUUUUGAAAUCAAAAGGUUAAGCUUCAUUAAUCAUUCAGUGAUGAAAUCAUAAGCCAUCACUAUUUCCUUUUUCAAAACCUCUGUUCCUAUCAGGUUUGCAAGAUGAAGAUGAUCCAAACUAAACUAAACCAGCUGUCAGAAAGUCUACGACAAGUAUGGUCCAGGAUAUAUGCUCUCUACACAUCCAACACCACAAAAAGCUGGAAGGAGAAACAUCUCCUCAUGUUUACCUGUUUUACAACCAGCUGCAUUCUCAGCACCUUCCUCUUCCUCAUCCUCCACCUUUCCUUCAGAUGCAUCCAAGAGGUCUCAGUUCCCCUCGCUUGUGUUUUCGGUAUAAUCUUAACACCAGCGAUGUAUUUCUCUAAAAGGAUUCGCUGUUUCGGAGCCUUGAUCUUGAUCUCGAUGGGUAUGAAACAAGUGAAGAGUCUACUGCUCACCUUAGGAACCAGUUUGGUGGUUUUCUUCAACAUCCAGAACACAUUACAAAACAUGAAACUGCUUGCAAAAGGCCUCCUCUGCAACUUAGAGGAGAAGUUGUUGGAUAUUAACACUGAACCAUUAGGAAAUUAUAUUAAAAUGCUCAAGUGGGUGGGAAAGCAAAUUCAGAGUUACUUUAAAAGCGUCACGUUAGUGAGUUACCAAGCAGAUUUUAGGCUUAAAGCAAAGGUGGACUCAGAGAACUUCAAAAAUCACCUUAGCAAAGCCGAACAGAAUCUAAACCACACAGCACAGGGUGUGUUAGCAUUAGCCAAUGCUCUAUCUUCAAUAGGAAAGACUGUGUCUCCUGCAAUGGGUCUUUUGUUUCUUGUGCUUCUCACUGCUUUAUACCUGAGGAGAUUUCAGGUAGAUAAAAAGUAUAAUAAUAUAUACAUCACGAAAACCUUUCGUUGCUUUGACGCGCAGCAGAUGCAGGAGGGAAAACCGUGUGUCCUUCCCCUCAACAAAAGCGAAUCUGAACGUUAUGUCGUGACGCCGUCCAUCCGCCCGAGAGGCCGGCAGUGGAAAGCCAUGCUGAAGUUCAGUCUUCCUAUAUUCACACACUGCCUCACCUGGCUGGUGUUUAUCAGUCUGGACGCUCUGAUUUACUGGCUUAUCGUUGUUCUGAGCAAACGGCUCGGUGAACUUGAGCCACUUCGCGUUCCUGUCGGGAUUAAAGUUCAGGUAAGAUUGAAAACUGCAGCCGAGUUGUUUAAUUAUUAUUUUUUUAAAACAGAAGCAACACUAAUUCUAGGUUUACCUGUUGAUGAAAGUAUUAAAGGAGCAAACUUCACCUACACGGUGUCUCUGUUUGAGAAGAAGUGUUUGCCUGAACCGGAACUUUGGUUUUUUCAGUCUCUGGUGCCUCUGUCUGUGGUUUUGGCCUCACUGCUUGUCCUGAUUCUGCUGUCAUCACAGAUGGUCCAGCUCAGAGUUGUGCUGUCUGAGCAGUUUUUUACUGAUGUCGCAGAGAAACGUGCCGCCUAUGUACAUGCAAAGAUUUUAAGAAAGCGGUACAAAACUAAAGUGGAAAAUCAUGAAAAGGAUCUGAAGACUUUAGCUGUGCAGGUUAGUAGCUCUAUACGUUUUAAGGGGGCAUUUUGGUAACAGAAAUAUUCACUGAAACACUGUCUAAAAAUAUUUUUGAAAUUAAUGAAUUUAUUUAAAAAAAAUACAAGAAUCAUUCUUAAAACUGAAUAGUAUUUUGAAAUUUUGCUUAUGGAGAACACAAGUUUUUAUUAAUGAAAAAUUACGUAAUGCACAGAUGGAUGAAAUAAUUUUGUGUUUAAAGCUGGAACAAAUUAGGUUUUCAUUAAGAGGGUCUUUAAAAUAUUUUUACAAAACAUGUAAACCUUUGUUGAAUUAUAUUGACACGACUGACUUGAAGCAGGAGAAAAAAAGGCUUUUUAUUAUUUUUUUUAUAUUUACUGUUUACUGUGGGGGUGGCACGGCACGGUGGCUCAGUGGUUA